AUGCCUGAUGAGGACCUUCCUCCACCAGUGCCAAGUAUAAAAAAAGAGACCCGCCGGAAACGAAGACGGAAUCGGAAAAAGAACCCCACAAAUCAAACCACACUAGACAAACCAACUAUGGUGACAAUGCCGCACGAACCGCCUCCAAUCUUGAGCCAGACUCAGAGUCUUCACGGCAACAUGAGUCCGCGUAAACAGGCGUUGAAGCGUCACGAAGAUAUCAUCAAACAGGAAGCCCAAUCGAUAUUCAAUGAGGCUAAACGUAACAUGAAACCCACCAGCUGUUCUUCUGCAGGUACGGACGUCAGCUUGGGCAAUGGCACUCUGCUAUCGAGUCUGAAAUUCGAGGAGAAAACCAUGUUGACCGAGAUUGCACACUCACAUAUCUUGGUGUAUCACGAUCUGCACCAGAAAUCCCUGGAAAAGACCAUAUCGGGUAAUCUUUUGGCAAGAGGCGCUUUAAAAAUAUUCCAGCUCCAUAACGGCGACGUAACUUACAUGUCGUGUGGUGAGUCUUUCGUUUAUCCACUCAUGCCGAAACUAAACCUUUUGCGCACAGACAAAAAUACAUUCAUUUUGCCGCUUGCAAAUCCGCGCCGGUACUGGAAAAUUGUCUUGGAGAAUACAGACCAUUCUCAUCUUUUGGAGCUUGAGGCGGUCCUCCAGAACGUAGUGAAGUACACCAACUUAUGGUCAGACAACCUAUCUUUGCAGCUGCUGCGGCAUGACGAACAUCCGAGUACUCCUGAUUCUAGAACCGCGGCAGAUAAGCUCUUGUCUCUGAUCUUUAACGAGCUACCGCCUUCGCCUCCUUCUGUUUCUGCCUCUCCACCUUGUAGUCCAAAGAACAUGCACCCAAUUGCGCUUGAUAGCAAAAUGAUGAUCCCUCCGCCCGAGUUCCUUUCGAAUGUUUUUGGAUCUCCGCAUCACGAAAACUUUUAUCCUCCAAAUCUCAAUACUUACGAGUCUCAUUUGUCGAAUCAAAAGGUUGUCAACGAUGCCGGUGACGAUUCUUCUAUGGAUUCUCUCUUGGAUGAAUAUGAAGAAACACUCUCUGUGACAAAGACCAUGAGCCGGCAAAAUUCAAUUUCCCAUUUUCCGUCACUGGUACAUGGGAACGACCAAUUCGAAUCGCUCAACUACAGAACUAUUCACCCCAUUCCAUCACACAAAUUCAGAAGCGAUGCUCAAUCAGUUGACCACGGCUGGUCAAACUCUCAGAGACUCAAUGAAAAUCUCUUGGCGCGCAGAAUGAAUAUGAGCCAGGGUGCAAGGUCCCGGAAAUCUUCCACCAGUGACCUAUACACUUCAGUUUCGAAUUGGAUGGAACCUGGGCGACAACCCAACAACAACAAAGUUCCCCAUUCCAAGUCCAUGCGCUCAAUGGCCAGUAGGCAAAGUUUAGCAGUGUCGAAUACGUUACUCGACGCAUACCGCGAAAUUCCAGCAGCUGAAAAGCACUCUUCCGUGCCAUCCACUCAUUUGCAUGGCACAAAACAUAAGAACUACCAUGUUCAAACCUCAAAAGCGCUGGCCGCAAUGACCCCCAAGGUUGAGACAGUAUCUCAUCCGCACAAAAAUGAUGGACUUACCCCCUCAGAGGUUUAUGACCUUAUUAGAAAUCGAGACAACACGACGCGGCCCAAAACGUCAGGCAUCCGGAGUUUUUUCGGGUGGUGA